CUCCCACAUCCACAUCCUACGUACGCACACAUUAAUUAACUAACCAUUUCAUAAAUUCUUCCAUAAAUGGAUUAGAAUCCAGCCAAAAUUUCCAAUUCCACAACCCCUUUAGCUAAUUAUGUUUACUUCCAAAGUCGUCGUAAUCACGCCGGCCAUCAUCCCCGUCAUCAACAACAACAAUCACUCCCUCCGCCGCAGGCGGCCCAACAUCAUCGCUUCUUCAACAAGCGAAAGGAGCGCCGGCGGGAGAAGAACCGCCACCGAUUGCGGCGUGGCAUCCAUGUGGAGAGAGAUUCAAGGCUGCAACGACUGGCAGGGACUCGUGGCGGGCCCUGCCACGUGGCUGCACCCUCUCCUCCGCGGAGAAAUAAUCCGCUACGGCGAGCUCCUCUCCGCCUGCUACAAGGCCUUCGACGUGGACCCUUCCUCCGCCCGCCACCUGCACUGCAAGUUCGCCAGGGACGACAUGCUCCGCAACCUCGGCCUCCACCACUCCGGCUACCGCGUCACCAAGUACAUCUACGCCUCCCCCCACGAGGGCGCCACCGCCGCCCCUCGCGGCCGCUGGAUCGGCUACGUGGCCGUCUCCCAGUCGUCGUCGUCCGACGAUGCGGAGACGAAGACGAGGCUGGGGAGGGAGGACAUAGUGGUGGCCUUCCGCGGCACGGUGACGAGCCCGGAGUGGGCUGCCAACUUCAUGAGCUCCCUCACCCCGGCCGGCUUCCACCCUCUGGACCCCCGACCGGGGGUCCAGGUGGAAGCCGGCUUCCUCAGCCUCUACACCUCCAAGGAGAGCGGCUGCAGGUUCGGCCUGCGAAGCUGCCGCGAGCAGCUGCUCUCCGAGGUGUCGAGGCUGCUCAAGAAGAACCAGAACAAGCGAGAGGUUGACGGGACCCGUUCCGAUGUCAGCAUCACGCUGGUGGGCCACAGCAUGGGGAGCUCACUCGCACUUCUCCUGGCCUACGACAUCUGCGAGCUGGGGCUCAACAACACGGCGGGGUGUACUACUGCGGCUCCGGUGACGGUGUUUUCGUUCGGUGGGCCGAGGGUGGGGAACUCGGGGUUCAAGCGGCGGUGCGAGGAAGUCGGAGUGAAGGUGCUGAGGGUGGUGAACGUGAACGAUCCCGUGACGAAGCUACCGGGGGUUUUCCUCAACGAGACGACGCCUAGGGUUUUGGUGGCCGGGAACGAAGAGUACGAGAUGCCGUGGAGUUGUUCGUGUUACGUACACGUGGGCGUGGAGGUGGCGUUGGAGUUCUUCAGUAUUCAGAACCCUGGUUGGGUUCAUGACCUGGAUGGGUACAUCGACGGCCUCCGGUGCCCUAACGUCGGUGGUGGUGCUAUCGACGACGGCGACGAUGGAAUGGAGUUGACGGUGUCGAGCGACUUUGCGUGGAAGUUAUUGGAUGAUCAUCAAUCGAUUUCGGGUAGUGUUGAUCAGCUGUUGAUGGAUGACGAUUGGAAUUACAUGGUGGAUGGGUUUGCCGAUUUCUUAGCUAUGCACGUUACGAUGCUGGGCAGGUCGGCGUUGUUUCUAGUGUUGUUGUUCUACUUGUCGAAAACCAGUUGGUUCGAAUAAUUUCUUUUUUUGGUUGAAAACCGAGCGCAAAGGGGCGUUCUAACCUUUAAAUAUUAAUGGAACGAGAGGUUUGAAUCCCAAUAGUAUCGAAAUACAGCCAGUAUCGCUACACAGCACCUGGAUAGUCCACACGUGAACUCCCACAGACAAAGAAUGACCCACCGACGCUAGGUGAUGGAUUUCGAUUUCGAGUUAACGAUGAAGUUUUUGUGGUUGAAAAUAAGAUAUUUUGUAUGUA